AUGCGUUCCGGAUUCCUCUGCGUCCUCUUCCUCGCGGCGUUCUCCCAGCCGAUCUCUUCGGCCAGGAUACUCGCCCUCAUGCCCUACUUCGGAGCCUCCCAUUUCUUCGUCUUCGAGCCCUUCUUCGAAGAGCUGGCUCGAAGAGGGCACUCCUUGGACGUCGUCAGUUAUGUCCCCAGGAAGACCCCUAUACCCAACUACAGAGACAUCUCUUUAAAGGCCCUUUUGAACGAAAGCUCGUCAACAGUCGGAUUCCUUGAUUUUCAGAUGUUCGAGGGCUGGCUGUCUGCAAACAUGGCGACGAACCUGAUCGGGCUGUGGAAGCUGGCCGAGGAGUACAACGAGGUUCACAAGAUCCCGGAAGUGGUGGCAUUGGCCAACGGAACUUACGACCUGGUCUUGGUCGAGAUGUUCAACACGUACCUCUUCUACGGCAUCGCCUACAAGACAGGAGCUCCCAUCAUCGGUCUCAGCUCUUGCAGCAUGUUGCCAUGGUUUUCCGACAGUAUGGCCAUACCCAGCCAGACAGCUUACGUACCCAACAGCUUAGGAGGCUGGCCUCACGAAAUGAACUUCUUCCAGCGAGUGAUAAAUACCGUAGAAUACUGGCUUGAAAGGGUAUUCCACAAGUUGGUUAUUGACAGAAAUGCACAGACUAUUGCAGAACGCUACCUGGGACCUCUGCCACCUCUUUCAGAAAUUGCUGCAAACACCUCUCUUCUUCUUCUUCAAUCACAUUUCAGCUUCCUUGGCCACAGUGCUUUUCCUCCUUCUGUUGUAGAGGUUGGAGGGAUAAAUCUUAAACCUAUCAAGCCUCUAGCACAUGAUAUAGACAGGCUACUAAAUAAUUCAAAUGGUGCAAUUUACUUCAGUAUGGGAUCAGUUUUGGUUGGUAAAUCUAUGAGCGAGAAAAAGAAACAGAUGUUUGUCAAUGUGUUGGCUGCAACCGGGAAAACAGUUUUAUGGAAACAGGAAGAAACCAUUCAUAACAAACCAAACAAUAUUAUCACCAAGCCUUGGUUUUCCCAAAGAGAUAUUCUUCAACACCCAAAGAUAGAAUUGUUCAUAUCACACUGCGGCAACCUCGGUCUAACAGAAGGCGUGGAUGCAGGAGUUCCCGUUAUAUGUUUACCCAUGUAUGGUGAUCAGCACAGAAAUGCCAGAGCUGCUGAAAUGAGUGGUUUUUCUAUCUUCCUUAAUUACCAAUCUUUGACUGAAGAUACUCUUAGAGCUGCUAUAAAUGAAAUACUCACAAAUAAAAGGUACAAGGAAACAGCUAAGAAAGUACAAGCAGCCUUUAGAGAUCGCCCAAUGUCGCCAUUGGAUACCGCCGUUUACUGGGUUGAAUAUGUUCUUAAGCAUGGCCCUGUGACACGACCACGAUACACUCAACUGCCCCCUUGGCAAAGGGAAGGCAUGGACUGUAUUAUAAUUAAUAAAAAUACAGAUGACAGAAUACUUGAAGAACUGGAGCCAUACGGAGAUGAAGUGACUGAGGAAAACUCUCCGAUCCGGGAAGCAUACCUCAUCACAGUAGCUACAUAA